CUGGAAAGCUUCAUUUCCGGUCGGUACUCCGACCGUGUUUCGAGUGAAAAAAAAAUUUGUUCGUGAAUAAAAUCGUAACGUACUACUUGAAAUCCAUCACGCUGAUAUCCGAAGUUCCCGCCAUUGCACGGCUCUUUUUUGUGAAGUUAGUGGGCUUUUAGUGAACGGCCUAACAAUGGCAGAUAAUCAGUACGCAAAUUAUCAGCAGCAGGGAUAUAAUCAGUAUAGUCAACCCCCGCCGCCAACAAGUGGAGGACAAGAUACUUCUUAUCCUCCUCCUUCAGCGGGAGCCGCGAAUUACAAUCAGUAUAGUCAACCACCGCCGAGUGCGGGCGGUGGAUAUGGAAAUUACAAUGCAGCCAGUUACAACGCUGGCAGUGGAGGACAAGAUUAUGGACAAACUCAGUCUAGCCAGCCUAGCUACAAUCAGGGCAGUUACGGCAGUGGCGGCGGCGUUAGUAAUUCUGGAAAUAGUGGCAAUAGUAACUAUGGAGGCGGAGGGUAUGGCGGUGGAAACUCAGGCGGGGGUGGUCAGGGCGGAGGCGGAGGUGGAGGAUACAAUCGAGGUGGUUCAGGCGGCGGAUAUGGAGGAAAUCAUAGCAGCGGCGGCGGGGGUGGAGGCGGCGGAGGAGGAGGAGGUGGCAGCAGAUACAACGAUCGGGGUGGUUACAACGAUCGUUCAAGUGGCGGAAGCGGAGGUGGCGGCGGUUACAACAGUGGCGGUGGCCGAGGUGGUUAUAACAAAGGGGGCUUCGGUGACCGGAACGGAGGAGGAGGGGGCAAUGAUGGAAUGGUCGUUCAAGAAGAUACGAUUUUCGUGUCCGGCAUGGAUCCAACUGUCUCCGAAGAAGAGAUUUGCGAACAUUUUGGUGCAAUCGGUAUUAUAAAAAAUGACAAACGUACAGGAAAACCCAAAGUGUGGAUGUACAAAGACAAGAACAGCGGAAAACCAAAGGGUGAAGCGACAGUUACGUACGACGAUCAGAACGCGGCGCGUUCUGCGAUUGAUUGGUUCGAUGGAAAAGACUUCAAGGGUUACACGAUAAAGGUCCAAAUGGCUCAGCACAAAAGCAAUUGGCAGGGUGGACGUGGAGGUGGCGGAGGUCGUGGAGGUGGCGGUGGCGGAGGUGGACGUGGCCGAGGCGGUUUUGGUGGCCGUGGAGGAGGCGGUGAUCGCGAGGAUCGCGGCGGUGGUGAUGAUCGUCGGGACGGUGGUGGCCGUGGCGGAGACUGGAGGUGUCCCAAUCCCGAUUGCGGAAAUACGAACUUUGCGUGGCGUGACGAGUGCAACUUGUGCAAAAGCUCGAAACCCGAAGGUGCAGGAGGCGGUGGUGGUGGUGGGGGUGGACGAGGCGGCGGAGGUCGCGGCGGCGGUGGUGGUGGCGGACGUGGCGGUGGAUUCCGUGGUGACAGGGGUGGUCGCGGAGGCGACAGAGGCGGACGUGGAGGUGGGGGUGGUGGUUUCCGCGGUGGAGACAGAGGCGGUGGUCGCGGAGGAAGAGGAGGAGGAGCGAUGAGAGGAGGCGGAGGACGGGGUGAUCGCGACAGAGACCGCCAAAGACCAUACUAACCCAAGCUUAUGAAUGAACGUCAUGACGAAUGAAAAAUGAGUCGUGUUUUUACUACAAUACGAUUUUUGACCACGAAGCCCCGCAGUGCAUGUACAUGUUUUCAUAAUGCAGAGAUUCGCAUUUGUAAAACCCUUCCAUAUCGCCAUUAUCAUAGUAAUUAUAUUAUUUUCUUUGUGACCCUUGCAAUUUUCAUAUUUGCAACGAAAGAAAAAAAAAUUAUGGUGACCACGUGAAUAAUAACGGAGGAGAAAAUGAAAUAAACAAAAAAAAUCCUCAAAACUCUGAAACAAUAAUGCAGGUCUUUGUAAAGCUAAAUGAUCAUCAAGUAUAAUCCUUCGAAAACAUUUCCCACUAUUAUCCACUUAUUUUAAAGUCGAAAGCGUAAACUCAACUAUUGUUUUUUUUUUUCUUUUUUUUUAUUAAAGCUUGAUGACGGAGGAGCAAUUGUCCGAUGGCAACAGUAAUAAGGAAAAGAUUGUGAAUGAAUUUUUCGAACGUAUGUAUGACUGGGGAAUUUAGUUUAUUGAUUGUGAAAAAAUAGUACAAUAAAUUUCUCGGUAAAAUGA